CCUGGUCAACAUAAAUUUCCCUUUCUUUACCCAUUUAUGAAUGGAGUGUGAGGGGUUGAACUUUUUUCGUUGUAGUGCCAAUUAUAAGUGCAAGGAAGAAUGAAGCUGAAGCUCUAUUUGCCGCGCGUGCCGCUCCUUGUGGCUCAGCAAGUUGUGUUCUUGCAGUAUGAUGGUUCGAUUUACCGUGGUGUGGAAGGAACCACGAAGACUACUGUUCCGAAACUGCGGGGGUCGUCCGCGCAGGACGAACUGGAUGUCGAUGUGGGAGCGGAUCAUGACGACGAAGAGAAAUAUACGGCUCUGGACGGGGCGGAUGAAGUAGUCUUUGGCAACACGGGGCCGCUGGCGGGCAGUGGUACCACGACCGCCGCGUUUCGUCUCGACGCUGCGGGUGAUCAUCACCUGGCGUUUCUGGAGCAGAACCAAGUGCACUUUUCGCAGCAGCUGCAGCAGCGAGAGGAAGCCUGGCAGGAUGUGAAAGACUGGUUAGGGAGGAAAAAAGAGUGGGUGAUGGAGCACUACCGGGACACGAAAGAGUGGGUGAAGGAGCACAUGGGCAUGCACAACCGCACCGAAACGCUCACGCGCUUUUUCAGUAAACUGGCUUCGCAGAAAAGCGUGCAGUGGACGACGACGAUCAAGAUGAUGAAGGAUCUGAAUGUCACCUUCGGGGGACUGAACCUCGCCGCGUACGGUGCCAUGGCGGCGAUGAACUUCCCCCCGGUGUCCCUCGGAGCGCUGGGGAAGUAUGCCGGAAAAUUUUUGCCGGCCGGUCUCGCGAAGUACAUCGACAAGGGGAUCGAGUUGCUGCAGAAGCCUUCUCCCCCGAAAAAGCGAGGCAUUUGCCGGACCAAGCGCACGUACUUCUCGGGGAAUCCUAACCCGAAGUGCAUGGAGGCGGGAUUCGGCCCCGCCGACAUGAGCCCCGGCAGAGUGCUCUUGGCUGCGGUUGAAGAUCACAUUCCCUUUCUGAAGGCGGUCGAGGGGGACGAAGAGUUUACCGACGACCUGGAGAAGGUACAGUAAUUUCACGCAUGAAUCUAAAUCAUGAUCAUCAGACAUUAUUGAUUUGAGGUUUUGUCCUGUCUUACUUUACCGAACUCCACUGUAGACAAAAAUAAAUAGAAGAAGUAGAUGACAGGGAUACCAAAACGAUAAACAUAAAACUAAUGUUAAAUUCGCACGCAGAUCCGCUACACUCCAUGCCGUCUGCCCAAGGGCAUGAACAAGGAAGCCGGAGCCGGCGACCGUUGCGAAGGGCGCAGUGAAGUCCCCGCCUGGGAGCCCGCCGGAACGGAGCAGGAAACCGAGGAAACGAAAGAAUUGCGCGCGGAGUGCUGUGUGUUUCUGCGACUGGGCACGUCCGACAUGCUCAGCGAUCUGAGGCGCAUCAAAGAUCGGAUACACGCCUUCGACACAUCGAAGAUCGACGACGAAGCCGCAGCAGAAUUGGGACUGGCGAAGAAGCCCGAAGAGGGGAGCGACGAGGCGAAAAACCUGAACCACUUUCGGCUGUUCGAGUUUUUCGGCAUUGCCUGGGUGUUUUUUGAGCACUUCAUGCCGGACUACGCCACCGCGGGGCUGGACGCGCUGAUCGCGUUGCUGCCGCCCCCGCUCAACACGCUGUCGUCGGUGGCGGAGACCGCCGCGGACAUCUUCACGCCGUACUUCAUGGAGCGCGCGGAGGGGUGGGCCGUCCGCUGGCGCCGCGAGAAAAAGCUGGUCCUCGACCCGGCGGCGGACCCCGAGGAUCCGGCGGCGGAUCCGGAAACGGACGACGAGCACCACCGGGAACUGGAGGAAAAGGAGGCCAGCCACGCGGAGGAGGCGGCGAAAGCGGACGGCAAGACAGGGUCCUCGUAGAGGAGGAAGUGACUCGUGCUCGAUCGGAGAGACGGAGGUGGUGCAGCUACAAGUACAACCCUCCGCUAAAUUAAUGGUGACAGUGAGAACAAUAUGACUAUUGGUAGUUCCUUAAUAUCCGUCGUUGAUGUGCAUCUUCCUCUUCGUUCAACUAGUACAAAAAAUCUGUAAAGCAAUGCGGAAGUAGUCGUGUUUUCUUGGUAUCGAACAAUCAUCGUGUGCACUAAUAUCUGAAUCUGAGUUAAUCAUCAAGAAAGAAGAAAAAUAUCUGUAGAAAAAUGUAAAAGGGUCUGCUCCUCCACUCAGCUAAAGAGAAAAAGCAAUUCGUUUUGAGUUUCGUCAGCUUUAUCAUUACAACUGUAAACCAAAAACGUACUGAAUUCUAAAAGUGUUUGUUUCCCAGAAAUUAGUCUAAGUAGAUCUCAGCAGUGUUGCGUGCCACAGACGCCGACAGAAAACGAAAGUUGUAGUUUGUUUACCCGGCAGCAUCCCCAGAAUCUAGUAAAUCAAUAAAUCCCCUGCACUAUCAGUGUACCUACUUAAUAUGUAUGAUCGAUAUUUCCCCUGCCCUGCGACGGUGUCUGUACUUACUUACCAAUCAGCUCCGUCGCCGUGCACUUCCUGGCGUUGAUUCAAUGAUUCCACAACUCGUCAUAUCGAGCGU